AUGGCAGCCCAACGCCAGUUCUACACUAGAAUUGUAAGAUGGCGAUUGUUUUGUAUGUUACGAUUGAAGGUGGGAUUUCUCAUUUUGCUUGCUUGUAUGGGCGAUAGAGUAGCUGGCCAGAUUCGUUAUUCUAUUCCAGAGGAGAUGAAAAAAGGCUCUGUUAUUGGCAAUGUAGCACAAGACCUCGGUCUGGAUGUGAAAAGACUCCGUUCUGGCCAUGCCCGCAUCGUCAGUGGAGAAAACAUCCAGUACAUCGAGCUGAAGACAGACAAAGGGACACUUGUCGUGAAUGACAGAAUAGACCGAGAACAACUUUGCGGAGACAUAACACCUUGUAGUCUCAGUUUUGAAAUCAUUUUAGAAAAUCCUAUCGAGCUUCAUCGUGUCACUGUCGAAAUUCUAGAUAUAAAUGAUAAUGCUCCUUUCUUUCCAAAUAAAGACAUCCGGUUUGAAAUGAGCGAGUCUGCUACAAUUGGAGCAAAAUUCCCCGUUGAAAGCGCAGUUGAUCCUGACGUUGGACUAAAUGCAUUACAAAAUUAUGUCCUUUCCCCAAAUAAUUAUUUCAUUUUAAAACAGCAUGCAAAUCCAGACGGCAGUAAAUACGCUGAACUGGUGCUCCAGAAAGCAUUGGACAGAGAGGAACAUCCCAGUCUCCCUCUAAAAGUAAUGGCUGUAGACGGUGGAAGCCCACAAAGAUCUGGUACAGUGAAUAUAAUCGUAUCUGUUUUAGAUGUCAACGAUAAUUCCCCUGUAUUCAACCAGUCAGUUUACAGGGCCGUAGUUGUGGAAAAUGCCCCAAAAGGAACUUAUGUUACAACGGUUAAUGCUACUGAUGCAGACAGUGGGACUAAUGCGGAAAUAGCUUUCAGUUUUUCUAAAAUAAAAGGAAGUAUGGUUGAUAUGUUUAGUAUCGAUGAAAACACGGGAGUCAUAUCAGUUGCCGGGCUGAUUGACUUUGAAAAAGAGAAAAAACAUGAGCUCAGGUUAGAGGCAAGGGAUCGAGGAGGAUUGACUGGGACCAGUAAAGUUAUAAUUGAUGUUAGCGACGUCAACGACAAUGUUCCAGUUAUUAAUAUCAUGUCUUUUUCCAAUACUGUGUCAGAAGAUGCCCCUCUUGGCACAACAAUAGCUGUUAUCAAUGUCAAAGACGCCGAUUCCGAGAAAAAUGGACAAAUAAAAUGUACUAUAGACAAAAUGCUUCCGUUUAAAAUCGAGUCAUCAUUGACAAACUAUUAUAAUUUAGUAGCGGAUCAGCAUUUUGAUAGAGAAACAACUUCUGAAUAUGCUAUUAUCAUACAAGCCACCGAUUCAGGGUCUCCACUUCUUUCUAGCUCCGUGACAUUACAGCUUAGAAUCUCUGACGUGAACGACAACGUUCCAUUGUUCGACAAAAACAUAUAUUCUGCUUACGUCACAGAGAACAAUUCUCCUGGAGUUUCUAUCACCACUGUGAGCGCGAGAGACUCUGACUGGAGUCAAAACGCGAGAAUCUCUUAUUUCCUGGAGGAAACACAAGUCGGCGGUAAUCCCGUGACUAACUAUGUGUCCAUAAACUCUGAAACUGGGGUUUUACAUGCAGUGCGCUCAUUUGAUUAUGAACAAAUUAAAGAACUUUAUCUUACCGUCAAAGCUCAGGAUGGAGGCUCUCCUCCUCUCAGUAGUAAUGUGACUGUGAAAAUACUGAUCCAGGACCAGAACGACAACCCCCCUCAGGUCCUGUACCCAGUCCAGACUGGAGGCUCUGUGGUGGCUGAAAUGGUGCCUCGUUCAGCAGAUGUGGGCUAUCUGGUCACUAAAGUGGUGGCUGUUGAUGUGGACUCUGGACAGAAUGCCUGGCUCUCCUAUAAACUGCAGAAAGCCACAGACAGGGCGCUGUUUGAAGUGGGCUUACAGAAUGGAGAAAUCAGAACUAUCCGCCAGGUGACUGAUAAAGACACAGUGAAACAGAGACUGACUGUUAUAGUGGAGGACAACGGGCAGCCCUCUCGUUCAGCUACAGUCAUUGUUAACGUGGCGGUGGCGGACAGCUUCCCUGAAGUGCUGUCGGAGUUCACUGACUUUCCACACGACAAGGAGUACAAUGACAACCUGACUUUUUACUUAGUGCUGGCUCUGGCUGUAGUUUCCUUCCUCUUCAUCACCUGUUUAGUGGUUAUUAUAUCAGUGAAGAUCUACAGGUGGAGACAGUCUCGCAUCCUGUAUCACUCCAAUCUCCCUGUGAUUCCAUAUUAUCCACCACGUUACUCAGACACUUUGGGGACAGGGACUCUCCAACACGUGUACAACUACGAGGUGUGUAGGACGACUGACUCCAGGAAAAGUGACAUGAAGUGCAUGCAACCGAUGAGUCAAAACUUAGUGAGUGUGGAUGGAGCUGGGGCAGACACACCGCAGGUGGACAUACAGCUGUCAGGCGACAGUUCUCAAAUGUCAACUCUGCUGAGCUCAGUGACUGGACAGGCUCGGUAUUCCAUACCGGAGGAGCAGGCAGAGGGGUCUUUUGUUGGAAACAUUGCUAGAGAUUUAGGCUUGGAUGUGGCAAGACUCAUUUCAGGUAAAGCGCGUAUUAUCACAAAAGGAAGCCGACAGUAUGUCGGUUUAAACCGAGACAAGGGCGUCCUUGCUGUUCAAGAGCGAAUCGACCGAGAAGAGCUUUGUGGAAAGACGACGCCCUGCAGUUUUAGUUUCGAGGUCAUUUUAGAAAAUCCAAUCCAGCUUUAUCGGGUCACAGUGGAGGUAACAGACAUUAAUGAUAAUAGUCCGUCGUUCCCAAAAGAGGAAAUCAAUUUGAAAAUUGUUGAAAAUGCUGCAACGGGGACUCGCUUCUCUUUGGUGUGUGCAGACGAUCCUGAUGUUUUAAUAAACGAUAUUCAAAAAUAUACUCUUAAACCCUCGGAUAAUUUCAAAUUGGAGGUUCAAAGUCAAGCUGAUGGAGGCAGGUUUAUCGAAAUGGUUUUACAAAUCCCGUUAGACCGAGAGAAAGAGGAAAGUCACACACUCCUGCUGAUUGCUUCAGAUGGUGGUCAGCCACACAAAUCAGGCACAGCGCGUAUUCAUAUCACUGUGCUGGAUGCUAACGAUAAUGCUCCUGUUUGUAACCAGCCUGUUUAUAAAGCCGAUGUCAAGGAGAAUUCAGCUGAAGGAACAGUGGUCUCCACUGUCAGUGCAUACGACGCAGAUAAGGGAGUCAAUGGUGAAGUGACUUAUUCUAUUCCUCACAUUGCUAAAGAGGCAAAGCAGCUUUUUGAAGUAAAUGGUAAAACUGGAGAAAUUAAAGUUGCAGGUAAACUAGAUUUUGAAAAAUCUAAAACAUAUCAAUUAAAUGUACAGGCUAGUGACCACGGGGGAUAUACAGACACGUGCAAAGUUAUUAUUCAAAUUAUUGAUGAGAAUGAUAAUGUCCCUACAAUACAGCUUAUGUCAUUUUCUAACACAAUAUCUGAGGAUUCACCCCCAGGUACCACUAUAGCUGUCGUUAACGUCGAUGAUGAAGACUCUGAUGGUAAUGGCGUUGUCAAAUGCUCUAUUAACUCUGACAUACCUUUUAAAAUUGAGUCUUCAUUAACUGGUUAUUACACUAUAGUUACUGAUAAUUACCUAGACAGAGAAAGUAUUCCUGAGUAUAACAUUACCAUAACAGUCUCUGACCAAGGCUCUCCACCUCUGUCCAGUAGUAAAAACAUCACUGUUAAAGUGUCUGACGUAAAUGACAACCCACCCAAAUUUGAUAAAACAGAGUAUAGUAAAAGUGUCCCAGAGAACAACUCUCCUGGAUUUUCUGUGUUUACUGUCGGUGCUAGUGAUGCAGACUGGGGCCAAAAUGCACGGGUUGCUUACUUUCUGGAGGAUAAGGAGAUUAACGGGGUCGCUGUGUCUUCGUUAGUGUCAAUAAGUUCAGACAGUGGUGUGAUUCAGGCAGUGAGGUCGUUUGAUUAUGAGCAAAUCAAGUGGUUUGAAUUUAACAUAACUGCUCGUGAUGCUGGAUCUCCUCCUCUGACUUCUGUGGCUUCAGUUAAAAUAUUGAUCCAGGACCAGAAUGACAACCCCCCUCAGGUCCUGUACCCAGUCCAGACUGGAGGCUCUGUGGUGGCUGAAAUGGUGCCUCGUUCAGCAGAUGUGGGCUAUCUGGUCACUAAAGUGGUGGCUGUUGAUGUGGACUCUGGACAGAAUGCCUGGCUCUCCUAUAAACUGCAGAAAGCCACAGACAGGGCGCUGUUUGAAGUGGGCUUACAGAAUGGAGAAAUCAGAACUAUCCGCCAGGUGACUGAUAAAGACACAGUGAAACAGAGACUGACUGUUAUAGUGGAGGACAACGGGCAGCCCUCUCGUUCAGCUACAGUCAUUGUUAACGUGGCGGUGGCGGACAGCUUCCCUGAAGUGCUGUCGGAGUUCACUGACUUUCCACACGACAAGGAGUACAAUGACAACCUGACUUUUUACUUAGUGCUGGCUCUGGCUGUAGUUUCCUUCCUCUUCAUCACCUGUUUAGUGGUUAUUAUAUCAGUGAAGAUCUACAGGUGGAGACAGUCUCGCAUCCUGUAUCACUCCAAUCUCCCUGUGAUUCCAUAUUAUCCACCACGUUACUCAGACACUUUGGGGACAGGGACUCUCCAACACGUGUACAACUACGAGGUGUGUAGGACGACUGACUCCAGGAAGAGUGACAUGAAGUGCAUGGAACCGAUGAGUCAAAGCUUAGUGAGUGUGGAUGGAGCUGGGGCAGACAUACAGCUGUCAGAAGGACUGUGCGGUGUAUUACGCGAGAUAUUUGCGCCUAUGUGGAGUUGGGUGGAUUGCUUCAGGAAUAUGCAUUUUGUCACCAGUGAACCCGCGAAUAAAAGGCAAGUACGGGCCUUCAUCUUUGUUUUUCUCAUUAAGGCAACAGUCUGCCAAAUCCGCUACUCUGUUCCAGAGGAGAUGAGAAGUGGCUCCUUUGUAGGAAACGUGGCUGAAGAUUUAGGUAUUGACGCUCAAAGACUGAAAUCAGGCGGAGCCCGAAUCGUUAGCGGUGAUAACAGCGAAUAUAUUAGGCUAGAUGUAGACAAAGGGAUUCUGGUCGUGGGAGAAAGAAUAGAUCGAGAGCAGCUUUGCGGGCAGACAACGCCCUGUAGCUUGAAUUUUGAAAUGAUUAUGACGAAUCCAAUGCAGCUACAUAGCGUCGUGGUGGAAGUGUUGGAUGUUAAUGAUAAUGCACCCGUGUUUCACGAGAAAGAAAUGCAUUUAGAAAUACUAGAAUCUUCUCUCCCCGGAACAGAAAUAUUAGAGGCGAGUGCCACCGACCCUGAUGUUGGCAUCAACGCUUUAAAUAGUUAUACCUUACACCCUACAACACAUUUUAACAUUAAGGUGUUGUCCAGCCCAAAUGGUCAUAAAUAUGCACAGUUGUAUCUUUCUAGUGCUUUAGACCGGGAGAAAGAGGAAAAGCUGCUUCUCACGCUAACUGCUGUGGACGGGGGUGAACCACAGCGGUCAGGAGCACUAAAAAUACACGUUACUGUCCGAGACACAAACGACAAUGCCCCAGUGUUUUCCCAGUCAAUUUUCAAGGCGUCUGUUAAAGAAAAUGUUCCCAAAGGAACUGUAGUGGUUACCUUGAGUGCAGCAGAUGCAGAUGAAGGGAUGAAUGGCCGUGUUACAUACCAUUUUAAUCGCAUGUCUAGUAAUGUUGCUGAACUGUUUCAUCUCGAUGAAAACAGCGGCGUUUUAACGGUAAAUGGUGCAAUUGAUUAUGAAGAGAAGAAGAUUUAUGAGAUUGGCGUGCAGGCAAAAGAUCAAGGUGGACAAAGUACAUCAACAAAAGUAAUAAUCGAGGUGGUGGAUGUUAAUGACAAUCCACCUGUAAUAACAUUGACGUCACUUUCAAGCGCCAUCGCUGAAGAUUCUCCAAGUGGAACCACAGUGGCUAUCAUAAACGUUAAAGAUCAAGAUUCAGGCAAGAAUGGGAAAGUAGACUGUUCAGUUAACGGAAAUAUCCCGUUUGCAAUCCACUCAUCUCUAAAGAACUAUUAUACUCUGGUAACAAACGGUGUCCUUGACAGGGAGCGUAAUCCUCAUUACAAUAUCACUUUUACUGCUGUGGAUGAAGGCAGCCCGCAGCUCUCAACUAACAAGACAGUAGCACUUCGAGUAUCUGACGUUAAUGAUAAUGCUCCCGUAUUUGAACAGAGUUAUUAUGAAGCUAACAUCAUGGAGAAUAACUCUCCGGGAUUAUGUGUGUUUUCUGUGAAAGCACAUGACUCUGACACGGGGCAGAACGCACGAGUCUCUUACCUGCUUAUUGAUACUCACUUAAAUGGUAAUCCCAUAUCCACUUACAUAUCUGUUAACACAGAAAGUGGCGCGAUACAAGCAGUGAGGUCAUUUGACUUUGAGCAAAUUAAAACCAUCAUUAUUUUUGUAAAAGGACAAGAUGGGGGUUCCCCACCGUUGAGUAGUAAUACCACUGUUAAAAUAAAUAUUCAAGACCAGAACGACAACCCUCCUCAGGUCCUGUACCCAGUCCAGACUGGAGGCUCUGUGGUGGCUGAAAUGGUGCCUCGUUCAGCAGAUGUGGGCUAUCUGGUCACUAAAGUGGUGGCUGUUGAUGUGGACUCUGGACAGAAUGCCUGGCUCUCCUAUAAACUGCAGAAAGCCACAGACAGGGCGCUGUUUGAAGUGGGCUUACAGAAUGGAGAAAUCAGAACUAUCCGCCAGGUGACUGAUAAAGACACAGUGAAACAGAGACUGACUGUUAUAGUGGAGGACAACGGGCAGCCCUCUCGUUCAGCUACAGUCAUUGUUAACGUGGCGGUGGCGGACAGCUUCCCUGAAGUGCUGUCGGAGUUCACUGACUUUCCACACGACAAGGAGUACAAUGACAACCUGACUUUUUACUUAGUGCUGGCUCUGGCUGUAGUUUCCUUCCUCUUCAUCACCUGUUUAGUGGUUAUUAUAUCAGUGAAGAUCUACAGGUGGAGACAGUCUCGCAUCCUGUAUCACUCCAAUCUCCCUGUGAUUCCAUAUUAUCCACCACGUUACUCAGACACUUUGGGGACAGGGACUCUCCAACACGUGUACAACUACGAGGUGUGUAGGACGACUGACUCCAGGAAGAGUGACUGUAAGUUUGGUGGAGCUGGUAGUCAGAACGUGUUGAUAAUGGACCCCAGUUCUACAGGGACGAUGCAGCGGAUACAGGGAGAGAAAUCUAACUGCUUCACAAGCAGGGCUACUGCUACAGAUCCAUUCUCUGAGAGGAUUUUAAUAUCACAGGAUUGCUUUUCGCCGCUGUUUUUCUUUCUUGUGGAUUUACACAUCAGUCUUGUUGUAUCACGUUUUUCUUAUAUUGCAAUGGCGUUUGAAAUGUUUACGCCUUCGGUCGUAAAAUGGCGUUUGGAUUGCAGGUCAGUGUGGCCGUUUCUGUCUUUGCUUUUGUGCCUCAGUCACACUGUGUCUGGUCAAAUCAGGUAUACAAUUCCAGAAGAACUGAAAAGGGGCUCAAUUAUUGGUAACGUAGCUCAAGACCUUGGUUUGGAUGUGCAGCGGCUCCGAUCUGGCCGUGCUCGUAUCAUAACAAGACAAAGCACACAGUACACUGAGCUGAAAACAGACAAAGGCAUUUUAGUCGUGAACGAGAGAAUAGACCGAGAGCAGCUCUGUGGAGACGUCACACCCUGCAGCUUCAGCUUUGAGGUGAUUUUAGAAAACCCUAUGGAGUUGCACCGAAUAACAAUAGAAAUAACUGACAUCAAUGACAAUUCUCCGACAUUUAGAAAAGAUGAAAUCAAAUUUGAAAUAAGCGAAACAGCCACACUGGGAUCACGCUUCUUGUUAGCCAGCGCUGACGACGCAGACGUGGGCAGUAAUGGUUUACAGAAAUACAUACUAAUUACUAAUGACAUUUUUGGUUUGAAGCAACAAUCAAGUCCAGAUGGUCGAAAAUAUGCCGAGAUGAUUUUACAAAAACCGUUAGACAGAGAAAGCGAGCCAAGAAUAUCACUGAAGCUCCUCGCUGUUGACGGUGGUACUCCGCAAAGAUCUGGUACAGUAAAUAUUGAUAUUACAGUGCUCGAUGCUAAUGACAAUCCUCCCAUUUUUAACCAGUCUCUCUACAGGGCUACUGUCGCGGAAAAUGCACUAAAAGGCACCUAUAUCACGACGGUGAAUGCAAGUGAUGCAGACAGUGGCUCAAACAGUCUUGUCACAUACAGGUUUUCAAACAUGAAAGAGCAGCUGGCUGACGUAUUUCAUUUAGAUGAAGUUACGGGGAUCAUAACACUUGUAGGGCAGGUGGAUUAUGAAAAAGAUAAAAAAUAUGAAAUUAUGAUUGAAGCUAUGGACCAAGGAGGUUUGACAGAUUCAAGUAAAGUGCUAAUUGAGAUAGUAGACGUCAAUGAUAACGCACCAGUCAUAAAUGUCAUGUCAUUUUCCAGCCCUGUGCCAGAGAAUUCUGCUUCAGGUACCACAGUGGCAAUAAUUAAUGUGAUUGACGCAGACUCAGAACAAAACGGACAAAUUAUUUGUACAACUGACAGCAGCCUGCCAUUUAAAAUAAAACCAACGUUAACUAAUUACUAUGCAUUAGUAACAGACGCAUCUUUUGACAGAGAAAUUGUACCAGAGUAUAAUAUAAGUUUAAGGGCCACAGAUUCAGGAUCACCAUCUUUGUCAAACACAACAAUAUUGCGUUUGAGAAUAUCUGAUGUAAAUGACAAUGCCCCGUUAUUUGAUAAAAGUAGCUACAUUGCUCACGUUACAGAAAACAAUUCCCCUGGAAUAUCCAUAUUUUCCGUAAAGGCACGGGACACUGACUGGAAUCAAAAUGCUAGAAUAUCGUACUUCCUUGAAGAAACGCAGAUUAACGGUAGUCCAGCCUCUUCCUACGUCUCCAUAAACACUGAAACUGGGGCUAUUCAUGCAGUGCGCUCCUAUGACUAUGAGCAAAUUAAAGAACUUCAGUUGAUAGUUAAGGCACAGGAUGGAGGCUCUCCUCCUCUCAGUAGCAAUGUGACUGUGAAAAUACUGAUCCAGGACCAGAACGACAACCCCCCUCAGGUCCUGUACCCAGUCCAGACUGGAGGCUCUGUGGUGGCUGAAAUGGUGCCUCGUUCAGCAGAUGUGGGCUAUCUGGUCACUAAAGUGGUGGCUGUUGAUGUGGACUCUGGACAGAAUGCCUGGCUCUCCUAUAAACUGCAGAAAGCCACAGACAGGGCGCUGUUUGAAGUGGGCUUACAGAAUGGAGAAAUCAGAACUAUCCGCCAGGUGACUGAUAAAGACACAGUGAAACAGAGACUGACUGUUAUAGUGGAGGACAACGGGCAGCCCUCUCGUUCAGCUACAGUCAUUGUUAACGUGGCGGUGGCGGACAGCUUCCCUGAAGUGCUGUCGGAGUUCACUGACUUUCCACACGACAAGGAGUACAAUGACAACCUGACUUUUUACUUAGUGCUGGCUCUGGCUGUAGUUUCCUUCCUCUUCAUCACCUGUUUAGUGGUUAUUAUAUCAGUGAAGAUCUACAGGUGGAGACAGUCUCGCAUCCUGUAUCACUCCAAUCUCCCUGUGAUUCCAUAUUAUCCACCACGUUACUCAGACACUUUGGGGACAGGGACUCUCCAACACGUGUACAACUACGAGGUGUGUAGGACGACUGACUCCAGGAAGAGUGACUGUAAGUUUGGUGGAGCUGGUAGUCAGAACGUGUUGAUAAUGGACCCCAGUUCUACAGGGACGAUGCAGCGGAUACAGGGUGAGAAGAGCAUCCUGGAUGAACCUGACUCUCCUCUAGAGGUCAGUUACAAAGUCAGUGGCAGCCCAGUUUCUUCUUAUGUGUCCAUAAACUCCGAAACUGGAGUUAUUCAUGCAGUGCGCUCUUUUGACUACGAGCAGAUCAAAGAUUUCCACUUCCGUGUCAAAGCUCAGGAUGGAGGCUCUCCUCCUCUCACUAGUAAUGUGACAGUGAAAAUACUGAUCCAGGACCAGAACGACAACCCCCCUCAGGUCCUGUACCCAGUCCAGACUGGAGGCUCUGUGGUGGCUGAAAUGGUGCCUCGUUCAGCAGAUGUGGGCUAUCUGGUCACUAAAGUGGUGGCUGUUGAUGUGGACUCUGGACAGAAUGCCUGGCUCUCCUAUAAACUGCAGAAAGCCACAGACAGGGCGCUGUUUGAAGUGGGCUUACAGAAUGGAGAAAUCAGAACUAUCCGCCAGGUGACUGAUAAAGACACAGUGAAACAGAGACUGACUGUUAUAGUGGAGGACAACGGGCAGCCCUCUCGUUCAGCUACAGUCAUUGUUAACGUGGCGGUGGCGGACAGCUUCCCUGAAGUGCUGUCGGAGUUCACUGACUUUCCACACGACAAGGAGUACAAUGACAACCUGACUUUUUACUUAGUGCUGGCUCUGGCUGUAGUUUCCUUCCUCUUCAUCACCUGUUUAGUGGUUAUUAUAUCAGUGAAGAUCUACAGGUGGAGACAGUCUCGCAUCCUGUAUCACUCCAAUCUCCCUGUGAUUCCAUAUUAUCCACCACGUUACUCAGACACUUUGGGGACAGGGACUCUCCAACACGUGUACAACUACGAGGUGUGUAGGACGACUGACUCCAGGAAGAGUGACUGUAAGUUUGGUGGAGCUGGUAGUCAGAACGUGUUGAUAAUGGACCCCAGUUCUACAGGGACGAUGCAGCGGAUACAGAGUGAGAAGAACAUCCUGGAUGAACCAGAUUCUCCUCUAGAGAUUUUUUUGUGGGCAGCGGAUUUGAUAGCACUUCCUUCAGACUAUCAGAGAAUAUCGGACAGAACAAUGAAACGGCAAGUAGCCUUACUGUUGUUUAUGUCGCUUGCUUCUCUCAGCUCGGUGUUCGGGCAGGUCAGCUACUCCAUUCCCGAGGAAAUGGCGAAAGGUUCUUUGGUUGGGAACAUAGCACACGACUUAGGCUUAGACAUUAAACGGCUGAAAUCCGGGAAAGCACGCAUAUAUACAGGAGAAGGCACAGAAUACAUCGAGCUGAGUAAAGAAAAGGGACUCCUUGUAAUCAAAGAGCGGAUAGACAGAGAGACACUCUGCGGGCAGACGACGCCCUGUGCUCUUGAUUUUCAAAUCAUUUUGGAGAAUCCUAUGCAGUUUUACAGCAUCACUGUUGAGAUCACCGACAUUAAUGACAAUUCACCCGGGUUUAAAAACAAUGAAAUGAAGUUUGAAAUUAGUGAGACGGUUCAAAUUGGCUCGAAAUUUGUCCUAGAAAAGGCCGUUGAUAUCGAUGUAGGUAUUAAUGGUCUCCAGGGCUAUUCUCUGAGUUCCAGUGACACGUUCACUUUAAACCCUUAUAGAAUUGGCAGCAGUAGGAACGUUGAAAUGGUUCUGAAAAAGGCUCUUGACCGAGAGAAACAGGAGCGUUUGUCUUUAGUAUUAACUGCCACAGAUGGUGGCGACCCGCAGCUCUCUGGAACCAUGCAGAUUGUUAUUACUGUGUUAGACGCAAACGAUAAUGCACCUGUUUGUACUCAAGCUGAGUAUAGGACUAAUGUAAAAGAAAACUCAUUAAAAGGAACAGCUUUAACCACAGUGAGCGCAUCUGAUGCAGAUGAAGGUCGACAUGGGCAUAUAGAGUAUACAAUUACUAAUGAAGGCGCUACAGAAUUAUUUCAUGUAGAUAAAGAAAACGGAGUGGUUACGUUAAUGGGAAAUCUUGAUUAUGAGAAAUUUCGGCAUUAUGAGAUAGAUGUUCAAGCAUCAGAUGAAGGUGGAAACUCAGAUGUGUGUAAAGUUAUUAUUGAGGUGCUGGACACAAACGACAACCCACCAGCUAUAAAUAUUAUGUCAGCGUCAUCCAGGAUAUCUGAAGAUGUUAAACCAGGCACAGUUCUGGCAAUGAUGAACAUUCAAGAUCCAGAUUCAAACGACAAUGGCAAAGUUCACUGCAUUUUAGAUGAAAAUGUUUAUUUUAAAAUCACGUCGACUUCAAAUAAUUUCUUUACUUUAGUGACAGACAGUGAAUUGGACAGAGAGAGAUCCUCAGAGUAUAACAUCACAGUGACCUGCUCUGAUGAGGGAGUGCCCUCCCUCUCCAGCAGCGUCACUCUCACCUUACAGAUCUCUGAUGUCAAUGACAACGCUCCUGUCUUUGAGAGGAGCUCAUAUGAGGCCUACAUUGUAGAAAACAACACUCCAGGUCUCUCCAUAUUCACAGUGAAAGCCAGAGACGCUGACUGGAACCAGAAUGCCCGUGUUUCUUACAUACUGGAGGACUCCUCUGUUAACGGAGUGCCAGUCUCCUCAUAUGUGUCCGUUAGUGCUGAUAGUGGAGUCAUCCAUGCAGUGCGCUCUUUUGACUACGAGCAGAUCAAAGAUUUCCACUUCCGUGUCAAAGCUCAGGAUGGAGGCUCUCCUCCUCUCAGUAGUAAUGUGACAGUGAAAAUACUGAUCCAGGACCAGAACGACAACCCCCCUCAGGUCCUGUACCCAGUCCAGACUGGAGGCUCUGUGGUGGCUGAAAUGGUGCCUCGUUCAGCAGAUGUGGGCUAUCUGGUCACUAAAGUGGUGGCUGUUGAUGUGGACUCUGGACAGAAUGCCUGGCUCUCCUAUAAACUGCAGAAAGCCACAGACAGGGCGCUGUUUGAAGUGGGCUUACAGAAUGGAGAAAUCAGAACUAUCCGCCAGGUGACUGAUAAAGACACAGUGAAACAGAGACUGACUGUUAUAGUGGAGGACAACGGGCAGCCCUCUCGUUCAGCUACAGUCAUUGUUAACGUGGCGGUGGCGGACAGCUUCCCUGAAGUGCUGUCGGAGUUCACUGACUUUCCACACGACAAGGAGUACAAUGACAACCUGACUUUUUACUUAGUGCUGGCUCUGGCUGUAGUUUCCUUCCUCUUCAUCACCUGUUUAGUGGUUAUUAUAUCAGUGAAGAUCUACAGGUGGAGACAGUCUCGCAUCCUGUAUCACUCCAAUCUCCCUGUGAUUCCAUAUUAUCCACCACGUUACUCAGACACUUUGGGGACAGGGACUCUCCAACACGUGUACAACUACGAGGUGUGUAGGACGACUGACUCCAGGAAGAGUGACUGUAAGUUUGGUGGAGCUGGUAGUCAGAACGUGUUGAUAAUGGACCCCAGUUCUACAGGGACGAUGCAGCAGAUACAGGGUGAGAAGAGCAUCCUGGAUGAACCAGACUCUCCUCUGGAGGGGAUUAAAAGGUUUACAGAACGACUCAGAGCCAAGUUGAUCCAGGACCAGAACGACAACCCCCAGUCAGUAAUAAUGAGCAGAUUUCAGGUUGUGGUGGCUGAAAUGGUGCCUCGUUCAGCAGAUGUGGGCUAUCUGGUCACUAAAGUGGUGGCUGUUGAUGUGGACUCUGGACAGAAUGCCUGGCUCUCCUAUAAACUGCAGAAAGCCACAGACAGAGCGCUGUUUGAAGUGGGCUUACAGAAUGGAGAAAUCAGAACUAUCCGCCAGGUGACUGAUAAAGACACAGUGAAACAGAGACUGACUGUUAUAGUGGAGGACAACGGGCAGCCCUCUCGUUCAGCUACAGUCAUUGUUAACGUGGCGGUGGCGGACAGCUUCCCUGAAGUGCUGUCGGAGUUCACUGACUUUCCACACGACAAGGAGUACAAUGACAACCUGACUUUUUACUUAGUGCUGGCUCUGGCUGUAGUUUCCUUCCUCUUCAUCACCUGUUUAGUGGUUAUUAUAUCAGUGAAGAUCUACAGGUGGAGACAGUCUCGCAUCCUGUAUCACUCCAAUCUCCCUGUGAUUCCAUAUUAUCCACCACGUUACUCAGACACUUUGGGGACAGGGACUCUCCAACACGUGUACAACUACGAGGUGUGUAGGACGACUGACUCCAGGAAGAGUGACUGUAAGUUUGGUGGAGCUGGUAGUCAGAACGUGUUGAUAAUGGACCCCAGUUCUACAGGGACGAUGCAGCGGAUACAGGGUGAGAAGAGCAUCCUGGAUGACCCUGACUCUCCUCUAGAGCUUAAAUGUUUAUUUAAAACUCCAAGAGGACGUAAAAAGAUAUUACUUUUGAAGACAAAUUCAUUUUGUUCGGGAAUAUUAAGCGGCUCUUUUUACUGGAACACGACGGACAGAACAAUGAGAUGGCAAGUGCUGCUGUUUAUCUUGGUUCUCCAUUUCGGUUCAGUGACUGGGCAGGUCAGCUACUCCAUCCCAGAGGAAAUGCCGAAAGGCUCUUUCGUUGGGGAUGUUACGCAAGAUUUGGGUUUGGAUGUGAAAAGAUUGAACUCAGGAAAAGCUCGCAUUUAUACGGGCGACGGUGCAGAGUACAUCGAGUUGAAUAAAGAGAGGGGGGUCCUCCUUGUUAAAGACAGAAUAGACAGAGAGGUGAUCUGCGCGCAGACUGCGCCCUGUGCUUUGCAUUUCCAAGUUAUUUUAGAAAAUCCUAUGGAGUUUUAUAGCAUUACCGUCGAAGUUACAGAUAUUAACGACAACGCCCCGAUUUUUAAAAGAGGUGAAAUGAAAUUCAGGAUAAGUGAGUCAGCUAUACCAGGAGCGGUUUUCUUGUUGCAGCAGGCAACAGAUCUGGAUGUUGGUGUGAAUGGCCUUCAAAAUUAUUUCUUAAAGCCAACCGAUAACUUUAUUUUGAGGCUGCAAAAUCAAGCAGAUGGAAGCAAAAUGGUAGAAAUGGUGUUGCAAAAACCUUUAGACAGAGAAAAUGAGGAUCAUUUGUCGCUUAUACUGACUGCAGUAGACGCUGGUGAGCCGCGGCUCUCCGGAACUGUUCAGGUACAUGUAAAUGUGCUUGAUAGUAAUGAUAAUGCUCCCGUUUUUACGCACAAAACUUACAAAUCCACCAUAAGAGAGGAUUCACCAUCGGGAACACAAGUCGUGACUGUCAGCGCUCAUGAUUCAGAUGAAGGAUCUAAUGGCGAAGUAUCUUAUGCUAUACUAAAUCUACUGGACAAUGUGUCCGACCUUUUUGAAAUAAUCAGAGAGACUGGAGAAGUUAGAUUAAUUGGCAAAACUGACUUCGAAAAAAAGCAGCAAUAUCAAAUACAUGUCCAGGCUAGUGAUGAAGGGGGGCUAACUGAUUCAUGUAAAAUUAUAGUAGAGAUAACUGACAUAAAUGAUAAUACACCUGCAAUAAAUGUCAUGUCAAAGUCCAGUCUAAUAAAAGAGGAUAUUGAACCUGGAACAGUUGUUACCAUGAUAAAUAUUCAAGAUCCUGACUCGGGUAAAAAUGGAAAGGUCCAGUGUUACAUUAACGAGAACAUUCCCUUCACAAUUGCUUCAACGUCAAAUAAUUUCUUCACUUUAACAACCGACGGUGAAUUAGACAGAGAGAGAUCUUCAGAGUAUAACAUCACAGUGACCUGCUCUGAUGAGGGAGUGCCCUCCCUCUCCAGCAGCGUCACUCUCACCUUACAGAUCUCUGAUGUCAAUGACAACGCUCCUGUCUUUGAGAGGAGCUCAUAUGAGGCCUACAUUGUAGAAAACAACACUCCAGGUCUCUCCAUAUUCACAGUGAAAGCCAGAGACGCUGACUGGAACCAGAAUGCCCGUGUUUCUUACAUACUGGAGGACUCCUCUGUUAACGGAGUGCCAGUCUCCUCAUAUGUGUCCGUUAGUGCUGAUAGUGGAGUCAUCCAUGCAGUGCGCUCUUUUGACUACGAGCAGAUCAAAGAUUUCCACUUCCGUGUCAAAGCUCAGGAUGGAGGCUCUCCUCCUCUCAGUAGUAAUGUGACAGUGAAAAUACUGAUCCAGGACCAGAACGACAACCCCCCUCAGGUCCUGUACCCAGUCCAGACUGGAGGCUCUGUGGUGGCUGAAAUGGUGCCUCGUUCAGCAGAUGUGGGCUAUCUGGUCACUAAAGUGGUGGCUGUUGAUGUGGACUCUGGACAGAAUGCCUGGCUCUCCUAUAAACUGCAGAAAGCCACAGACAGGGCGCUGUUUGAAGUGGGCUUACAGAAUGGAGAAAUCAGAACUAUCCGCCAGGUGACUGAUAAAGACACAGUGAAACAGAGACUGACUGUUAUAGUGGAGGACAACGGGCAGCCCUCUCGUUCAGCUACAGUCAUUGUUAACGUGGCGGUGGCGGACAGCUUCCCUGAAGUGCUGUCGGAGUUCACUGACUUUCCACACGACAAGGAGUACAAUGACAACCUGACUUUUUACUUAGUGCUGGCUCUGGCUGUAGUUUCCUUCCUCUUCAUCACCUGUUUAGUGGUUAUUAUAUCAGUGAAGAGCGACAGGUGGAGACAGUCUCGCAUCCUGUAUCACUCCAAUCUCCCUGUGAUUCCAUAUUAUCCACCACGUUACUCAGACACUUUGGGGACAGGGACUCUCCAACACGUGUACAACUAUGAGGUGUGUAGGACGACUGACUCCAGGAAGAGUGACUGUAAGUUUGGUGGAGCUGGUAGUCAGAACGUGUUGAUAAUGGACCCCAGUUCUACAGGGACGAUGCAGCGGAUACAGGGUGAGAAGAGCAUCCUGGAUGAACCUGACUCUCCUCUAGAGGUUAGGCUUACUGUAUAUUUCCUCUUUACACCUUUUAUAAUGACACUUCCCAUUUUUAUCGCAUGUAGUUGUUCAGUCUGGACAUUCAGACAUGUUUGUGUUGGAACAUUUUUUUGAUGUUGCUUUGCCUUCACUCAGGCCUGUUAUUUUCA